UUUGCAAAGCAGACGUCCGCAUCGUCCUCCGGAAAAACCUUUGAGUCGUAAGCCGCAGGUGGCAAUGUUACAUUAACCUUGCACAGUUGCAGUUCUGCAUCAUGUACGACACUGAAGCACUGGAAACAUUAGCAACAGGUCCUAUGCUGCGUCUGCGUUGUCCGACAGCAGGAGAAUGGUUGCCACUGACGCAGGAUUGGAGCGAACGAUGGUGCACGUUGCCCCAAUUGUACGUGGAUAGGAACUGCGAACGCAUUGGGGCUUUCGAGACGCGCGCCGACGAUGUGUUUGUGGUGACAUUCAUGAAGUGCGGCACUACUUGGAUGCAGGAGCUGGCCUGGCUCCUGUUAAACAAACUAGACUAUGAAGGGUCAAAGCAAAGUUAUGUGAUGGAGCGCAGCAAAUUCUUAGAGUACUCUGCCAUGGGUGCAAUGGUGGACAAAGAUAGCAUAACUGCUUGUAAUAAUAUGUCCAGUCCUCGCCUCAUCAAGUCCCAUUUACCAGCCCAAUUGUUGCCCCCAGAAGUUUGGUUAAAGAAACGGAAAAUCAUUUAUGUUGCCCGUAAUGUGAAGGAUGUGGUGGUCUCCUCUUUUAAUUUUGUGCGAGGACUAAAUAUGUGGAAUGGAAGCAUCGCUGAGUUCGUGGAUGAGUUUAUAAAUAAUAAGAUCGCAUACACAUCCUUCUGGGCACACAUUGUUGACUUUUGGCGCAUGAGGAAUGAGCCCAACAUUUUCUUUGUCACGUAUGAGGAGAUGAAAAAGGAUUUGGAAAGUGUUGUGAAAAGGCUGUGCAUCUUCUUGGAGAUCAAUGAGUUAAGCAAAUUAGAAAUGAAGGAAUUGUUGCACCAUUUGUCCUUUGAUAAUAUGAAAGCACACCAGUACACCAACUUGACGGGUCUUCUGAAGCAGUCCUAUGAAAUCAACGAAAACUUUGAUUUCAUGCGACGAGGCAUUGUGGGGUCUUUUAAAGAUGAACUUAGUGACGAUCAUAGGAAGAAGUUGGACAAGUGGACCAACGAUAUUCUCCAGCAAUAUGGUAUAAAGGAAUCUGAUAUUUUCGGUGAUUUUUAAUUCAGUAUGAUACAAUUUUUCCAUUUAUAUUUGAGUCCAUUUUUCUUAAGAAACUCCGCUUCCUCUUCCAAAAUAGAUUGCAUUUAAUUUAACUAA